AUGGAACGACAAGAGGCAUUGCGCUCACAUGCACCUCUCUCAUUUGCCCCUACGCCCGAAGCCCCUUCAGAGACGACGAAAUCAGCUGCCAGAUUACUGUUCAGGUCGCACUGGAAUUUGAAGGCCGAGUCUGGUCGGGAGGAACCCAGAUUACGACGGCUAUUGGGUCAUAUCUCGGUAUAUGACCGUACCAAAGUCCUUGCGCAGGCUCAAUCCACAUCAGUCUCGACAGUCACGACAGAGAACAAACCAGCGACAUACGUCGAACAUCAAGUGCCGUCGUUUGAAGAGUUCAGAGCGGCACUCAGGAUCCAACUGGAAACUAUCACCCAAAUCAGGCUGGCAGCCGCCAUCCAAUGCAACGAGGUCGACGAGUUUGACAGCGACGAAGAAAGCGAUUGUUCCUACGACAGCUUCGAGGGGGACGAUUGGAGUGAGGAGGAUACCUCUGUGGACAGCGACGAUAGCCUCACGGACAACGAUAGUGACGGCCAAAUAUCUCAGUGUACGAGUCCAACCUUCGCUUCGGCGAAUUCCAAACACGACACAGAAGAGGACGACGGCAUCUGGGCGAUUCGGCCCCUCACCCCGUUCUUGAACACCUCCAAUCGGGUGGCCAGCCCUUCGUAG